UGAAAAUAAGGCUGAAAAAGUACUGAUUCCACCAAAACCAAUGGAAAUGGGUUCUGCAAAUGCAAGAGUACUGAUUCCCCAUCUUCCAUUUCCUUCUUCUUCCUCUCAUGAUCCUUCAACAAAUCCUAACCCUAAGCCUUCAAAGCCACUCUCAUUUUCUGACCAUUAUCGAUUACCGACCAGACGUUUGUUGCUCUUCUCCCUCCCCUUGCUCACUCCAUCCGAUUCAACCGAGAUCUUGCCAUGUGAGUUCUUCUGCGAGAGAGAAGCGAGUGCUGCCAUUUUUCCAGGAGUAUCGGAACCUGUGGAGCUUCUUGAUAGAGGCAGGGAGUUGCAACCUCUUGGCGAUUUCAAUCAAACUCUUCUCUGCUUCACUGUGGAAAAGUCCCAUCACAAGUACCUGUCGGAGCUGCAAUUCCAACAAAUGGAGAAAGAUGCUGGGUCUGAUGUGCUUUCAUUCACGCAAAAUGCCAUUGCUGACAGGCCAAGCAGGAAGUGCUUCCAGCAAACUGAGUGGGCCAUCAACCAUGUGCCCUGCCCCUGUCUUUCUAAAUCACAUGUAAGUCUCUGCAAUUGCUGUACUAUUUUUGAGCUGAAACUUGUCAUGAUUGUUAAUCAGGUGUAUUAUGACAGGUUCAGGCUGUUAUUUGGCAUUGGAGACUUGAUCCACACAUCAUCAACGGCUGUGAUUCUGCUUCAGGUUCACUCAAUCUAAUCUGCUUUAAUGAUUUGACGAUGUAUCCUAAUAGAUUUUGCAGGCUAUAUAAUGUAAAGCAAAAGAAGAAAACAAACGGACGGCCCCAUCAAAGCUGUGAGGGAUAUAAUAUCAUUAUUACACCUUA